AUGGAAGGAGCUUAUCAGCAGAAAGCCAUGGAAGAUCUGAUAGAGGAAAAUCGAGCUCUUCUAGAAGAACUUUCUCAAUGUAAAGCUGAUAAGGAUUUUGUGUGGAAUUUAUGGCGGAGAUUGCAAUCAUCACAACCUGAUGUGACCUCUGUUGUGAGCAUGGUAAUAGCACGCGAACAAGAGAAGAGUGAGCACAAAGACAAGAAAGUUUUAGAGAUUUUAAAGAUGAAGGAUGAAAAGAUCAAAGAGUUCAAAGAGAGGCUAUUGUCAGCGGAGGAUGAAGCACACUACAGCAAGACGCGAUAUCACGACUUACUAAUCGAGAACGAAGAAUUAAAACAGAAGCUGGACGAGGAACAAAAGAAGUUUUCAACAAAACAAAGAGAACUAAGCGAAGAAAAUAGCUAUUUGUCCACUUUUUUGAAAGCUCACCAGGCGCAGAAAGAAGUCGAUGAUCAAACCGUUAAAGAAAAUCUGGAUAGUAUUGAAGAGGAGAAGAAUCAGCUAAAAAUUAGGAUCGCUGUAUUAGAGAAGCAAGUGAGUGAUUUUAGCGAGGAAAAGUUGAAUAUGGCUUCGGUUAUCGAAGUUAAUGCAACUCUUGAGGAAAAGAUCAAGACAUUGGAUGGUGAAGUAAGUGCCCUGACCUUAAAAAACACCGAAGUUGCCAAGAAUUGUGAAGAAGCUGAGAUAGAAUUGACUAACAAGGAAAAUCUUUUACAACAGCAGUUACAGUCAUUGCAAAAACAAGGUGAAACAAUUAGAAAAUUAGAGAGCGACUUGGAGGCAGCGAAGAGGGAAUUUGAACUAGUCGGAGAAGAAUGCAAGCAGUCUAUGGUGCAAAUGUCAGAGAAGGAAAGGAUAAUACAGCAACUCGAGGAGAAUGAACAAAGGAGUCGGCAAGCUCUGAUGGAUCGCGAGCAAGAAUACCGCAGAGGACUCGCGUCCUUGCAAAAAUCUGUCGCUGAUUUGCAAAUUCGAUGCUCGGAGUAUCAAGAAAAAGAGACUAAACUGCUGCAGGAUAUUGAGAAAUUAAGGGAAAACUCAAGCAAACAGCGAGAGGAUCUUAACGUCAAGGAAUUGAUAAUUGAAGAAUUGAAGGAUGCCGUGCGAGAGGGAAUUCGUUCGGGAGACGUUUCAAGACGUGAUGAUGAACGAGAAAGCAAGGGAAGAACAAUGGAGAGGAAGGCGAGGACAGAGGCAAAGAUAGGGGAGGGAAGAAGUGGCAGACGCGGUGAAAGCAUUGAACUAGAAAGCUUGCAAGAGCGUGAUGGAAAAGAACUUACCAAUCGCUGCUACGAGACCAUUGAUGACUCUCCAUCUAAAAUCGUAGGAAAUGAAGAAUCGUUGGAAAGAAAGUUCGAUAAAAUAACAGUACUUCGUGACCUGGAGACUCGGCUGGGCGAAAGUCGCGAUACAAUUGAUGAAUUGAAGAAACUUUUGGAGCUUAAAGAAGCGGAACUUGUGGAGACGCGACGCGCACAUGCGCAGCGGCAACAACGCUAUAGGAUGCUCAAAGAGAAUUACCAACUUGUCUUGGAACAAAUUAAAACUUACGAGGCUUCAAAUGCUGACGAAACCGGAAGCGUGAAGCCACUUCCGGAAAGGCCGGAAGAACGUGAACUGAGGCACUUGGACAGUGAUCAAGUAUGGAAGGAAUUGGCUUACUACAGGCACGAAUAUGAAGAACUGGCUAAAGAAAGACAUGAUGUUUUAGAAGAGAUUGAUAUUCUUCGAGUGCAGCAUUCUCACAAUGUCGCAAACAUCCAAGAACUACAAGUUCACCUCCGUGAAGAAAGAGAAGAGAGCAACGUGCUUAGGCAUAAAAUUUCAGCAGAGACACAGGCGUUUGAAGCACAUCGACUUGAAGUGGAGAAACUCGAAGAUCAGUUACAGAGUUGGCAAGAAAAAGCUCUCCGAGGACAGACGAUGUGUAGUGAGCUGGAGGAGGGGAACCAAAUUCUGCGGCAUGAGAUGAAAGCCAUACAAGGCCAAAAUAAAUCUCUUGCGGAGGAGUUCAGCGGUUUAGCGGAAGAGUUCGAGAAUCUUAAAAAGCGUUAUGAUGAACUUGUCAAUACAGAAGCGAAUAGGAAUGAAAGAGAAAUGUCUGGUGCAGUACCAGACGGAAUGGCACGACCUGAUAAUAUCAGUGAAACCGCUCAAGAGGAUGCAGAAUUUGCCAAACAGCACGUUGAAUCUUUGAGUAGUUACGACGAGCAAGUCAAACGCAUUGCUAAUCGAAUUUUAUCAAGCCCUUCUAAGGAUGCCGGAGAAUCAGAAAGGAAAGUCUCCUCGACACAUGGAACGCAAACAGACCCUGUCCCUCGUUUUGUCGACACUAGCGUUCAUGUGAACUUAGAUGCAGAAGAUGCCCCAUCAAUGGACGAAGAGGACACGUAUAAUGUCAAGCCUAGUGCGGAAAAGAGAAGUGCUGUCACUACAGAGACUAGAGCUCGUCGGCAAGGUACUCCGCAGCCGAAAAAAGUCGUGAGGAAAACUCCCAGACGUAACGAAUGGGCGAGCAUGAGGCAGCGAAUCCUAAGUCUCACGCAAGAAGUAAAUGCGCUUCGACAGUCCAAGGACAAAGCAGUGAAAGCUCUGAGUGUUCAGACAAGUGACUAUGAAAGUUUACAAACGGAAUACAACGCAUUGCUAAACAAGUUACAUGUCACCAGGAAUUCAGUGCAGCAUUUGAAUGAUAGCUUGAAGCUUUGCACGCGGGAGAAAGAGCGUUUGGCGGAGGAGCUGAAAGAGAGAAGUGAAAUUGAUUCCAAACCGAGUUCUUUGUCGAUAGCAGAGUGGAAGCGUUUGGAAGAGGAGUUACGACAAGCAACGAUGGAAUGCAUUCGGUUAGCCAACAUUGUUAGAACAUUAAACAGCGAAAACGAACAGUUGAGAGCGAAGAUUAAAGACAUUCAAGAAAACAACAUAAGGCUUGAGCACGCAGUGACUCAGAAGAAAACUUUAGUGGACGAAAUGAAAUCUAAGAUGAAAGAAGUUGAAGGAAAAGCUAAAAAAGAUGCGGAGAUGGCCAAGAAUAUGGAAGAAAAACUCUCGCAGUUAAAGGAAAGAGAGAAAGUAAGCAGAGUGAGAAUCGAGACACUUGAACAUCGUUUGGACGGCGAGACUCGGGAGAAACAACACCACCAUCAGCAGCUGUUGAGUUGUCAGAGUGAACUCAAGAAAAAGAUGCAUCAACUGAAUAGGUAUGCUUUUGGAAACAGGAAAUGUAUUGCACCCUCUAUCCUUACAAGGGGAAUUUUGAAUCAGUUAAUUUCCUAGAAUGUAAUACGUUACCCCAGUAAGAUCCUUUUUGUUUUUUUUUGUUUCAAAUUUUUAUCUCACUUUUGCGUGGGUAGUGUAACACAUAAUUUCUUAUUUUCUCCGAAUGGUAAUGAAUAAAUCGCACCGAAUUUCCGAGUAUGAAUGAGCUAACAUAGGCUCGGAAUGAAAGUUUUUAAUCUAAAUUUUAAAGAAAUGAUUAAAUAUUCCUGAAUUAAUCUCAAUGAUUUUCCUGCAUAAUUUCUUUAAAAGGUCCCAGACUCUGCGCAACCAAGCCAAAUUAGCUGUCAGUGAGAUGGAAGCGGCGGCCACAUUGCAGCUUCAGGGGUUAGCCAAUCAGAGUGAAGCCACGAUAGCCUCGCUUCAACGAAAGCUCGACAAGGCACAGGAGCGAAUAGAAGAAUUUCAAGCGUUCGUUAGAACACUUGUGGAAGAAACCCUUUCGCGAACACGCAUAAUGCGACGGAAACUAGAAGCACUGCACGAGAAGCAAUGGCGAGAAACUUCAAAGGCGGCUGUGAAAGAAGCUCAAAGUAAGGCGUGUUCGAUUCUGAACUUAUCAUCUGCAGAUCUCGACGACAUUAUGGACGAAAGUGCCAGUCAAAGAGAAGAGGCGAGGCUUAGGAUCGAACAGGAGAAAGCCUGGCUGGCGGAGGUGGAAUCUGCGCUAAAGCGACAAGGAACGUUUGGUGUUCCACUGUUAGAAGUAUUACUGGACUUGGUAGACGACAGAGUGGCAAUUGAAGCGAAAGUUAUGGGGUCGUAGAUCCAAUAUCAAAAUGGAAGGCCCAAGGGCGGUUUUAGAAUCUGUGUCAGAAUAGUCAGCGCCUUCACAGAAAUUUUCAGCUGAGUGCCGAAAGAAAUCUGGGAUUGCUUUGGUUUUGCGUUUUGUUGUGAUUGGUUCAGAAAAGUCGCGCAGCGAGUAAACAAAGUAAAUUAUUUAAUAAAAAGU